CCACCAUCUGAAUCUCUCUGGUUGGACCUUGACAAGAUGUCUUCCCACGACUGAUUGAGCGAGCGAUGCGUUUCUGGAUCUGAAUCAAGGACGCCACUGCACAGUAUCUCGGCCAGCCCAAAAUGCGCUGGUUUUGAGGAGACUCUUUCUUCCCCGAGGGCAGAAUCAGCCAUCGUCGCUAUUUUCUCGCCAGAUGGCUCCCCUCAAGCGAAAGACACCAGCCAGGCGACCAAGUGGAUCCAGAGCACCCACAAUAUACUUGGUCUGCAGGAAUGGAUGAGCACCACACCAAGUCCCAAGAUCCCUGGGUUGGAUCCCUUCCUGCGAUACAUUCGCCAUGUGUUCGAUGGAGACAUGCUGGACAAACAGCUGUACUUCAGCCUGACCCGGCGACGGCGGUUCAAGCGACUCGAUCUCCACAGCAAGCGACAGCGCACUGUCCACGAGAUGUGCAAGCGAGUCAUCGACCAGGCACCAAGGGAGACCGACAUUGUGAUUGCCUUUGGAAAUGCCUCGUGGAAACAGGGGAAGGGAUACGCAUCCAGUCCCAGGAGACUCAGGUUCGCCAAGUACUUUGAGCAGUUCCACCACCACCAGAGACGACCACCAGACCCAUCCGUCUCCAAGAUCCAUGUGUGCUCGGUGAACGAGUUCAACACAUCCCAGCUGCCAUACGCUGUGGGAUCGAGACAUCAAUGCCUCAAGGAAUAUGAUCUCGAUCCUUCCCUGUCGGUGUCGGUCAAGAUUUCGGUCAAGGUGUCGAUCAAGGUGUCGGUGUCGAUCGUUAUUCAACUGCAACUGCAACCUGUCGGUGUCGGUCCAUCUAUUCAACCCUCGGUCAACUGCAACUGCGACAUCCCCCUCGAGCAAGUGCAAGCUGUCGGUCGGAGCCAGGCUGCCAGUGUAGCCCUUUGUGACCCAUGA